GGCUCCCAUUUCAAACUUCUCUCUGGCCCUUCUCCCAGCACCCUGGGACCCUAGCAUUACUUGGGGUGGCACAGGACACAAAUGAUGGCUGUCCCAAGCCCAGGGUUGGCCUUUUGUGUGGCAUGUUUUGGGUGAGCACCACCCUUGUGAGACCAAACUGUGUAUCCAGCAGUCCCCUAAUCUCGAGGGCAAGCCCCAAGGACACCUCUUGUGCCGACCAACCUCUUCACCUGCCUGACAUGGUGGUAGGCGUUGCUGAAAGAAUGCUGAAGCUGGGUUGUCAUUGGAAGAACAGUUUGGGCGGUGCCUGCAGGUUGGGCUGCUGAACAUCAUCCACAGCAGGGUGGCACUGCCCUCUAGGGGCCAUUUUGGCAAUAUCAACCUUUUUUUUGUCAAGAAUUUAAGAUGUAUGGAGGCAUUUAUUCUGCUUGGGCAGAAGACUAGACAUUCUCAAAAACUCAAGACAUCUCUUGCUAGGAAGAAUUCCCAAGACAAACUGUGCUUGUUGAAGUCCUGUCUGAGCUUGGAACUCUCUUUUUAUGUGUAAACAUGAAAUAGUUUUUGUACAUUUUGAAAGACUGUCAGGUGUGUACUUCCAUAUAAAUUAAAACUGGUUUGUCAUGUUCAUUGCUUUACCAAGAGUUUGUCUGCCAUUAUGGGAGAUCAGGUCACCAAUGUCAGUCCCAUUAUCAGCUGCCACCAUAGCUGUCACAUCCUCAAAGAUUCUACAUAUGGGUGUGGGGCUUGGACUGCUCCAUUGUCUUCUGGUUUAUUCACAUCCAAGCUUUUAGGCAUUGAAAUACAUGCUACUAUACAUUUAUUUCUUACAGAGAAUAUAUAUGGAAUUUGGGUCAUUGUUGUCAUGUGGGAUGUGGGGCACAUUAUCCAUGAGGUUUUUGUCCCCCAUCCCCACAGUAGUGGGGAUUAGGCCCUGGGACCUUUUAACCCUGAGCUACAUCCCCAACCCUUUUUCUUUUUUUGAGAUGGGGUCUUCCUGAAUUGCCCAGGCUGACCCCUAACUUAGCCUUCUGCCUCAGCCUCUGGAGUUGCUGAUAUUACAGUUUGCACCACCACUACAUCCAGCUUGUGAGUUUCAUUCUGAGAUGAUCCAGGGGCCCAUCCUGGUAGGGUUGAGAAGUAUGGAUCUAACAGGGAUGGUUAUAAAUGGUGGUGGGAGGAAGUAGUCUGCAAAAUCUCUUCAGGCUCUUUUGAUAGAUGUCCAUGUCCUCCUAGAUGAAGAUUCUUGGGGGAGGGCUCCAGAACUCAGCUCCCCAGUUAAUGGCUGAUGGAAUUUGCACAAGAACUGGGCAAAGGUGAAAGGGCCGUGUCCUGCCCCCAAGCCCUCAUCCCUUUGCUCCGCUUCAUUGAAACCCCCACCCCUCCCCAUUCCAGGCAACUAACCUCACCCAAACUCCUACCUCUUACUCUCUCUACUUAACUCUGGCUCAGGGCAGCAUGAGCCGAUCACACCUCCAUCCCAUUCCACUCCAGUCUGUGGGCUCCCAGGAUGCCCCGGUUCCCCUACUACAGCCACUACCUGUUCCCCAGAAUUCCUCUUCCCACCCUUGGGCCUCUCCAUUUGGGCCACCCUCCUGGGGUCUCAGCUGUCUUCUGGCUCUGCAGCAUUUCCUGGUCAUGGCUUCUCUGCUCUGUGCCUCCCACCUGCUCCUGCUUCACAGUCUUCCCCCAGGAGGACUUUCUUACCCUCCUGCUCAACUCCUGGCCUCCAGUUUCUUUUCAUGUGGUGUGUCUACGGUCCUGCAAACUGGGAUGGGCAGCAGGCUGCCUCUUGUCCAGGCUCCAUCCUUAGAGCUCCUUAUCCCUGCUCUGGUGCUGACCAGCCAGAAGCUACCUCUGUCCAUCCAGACACAUGGAAAUACCUCCCUUGAGUUGCAUCUGUGUAGGGGGCCUGGCUGCCGCAGCCUGGAGCUUUGGAACACUUCUCUCCGAGAGGUUUCAGGGGCAGUGGUGAUAUCUGGGCUACUGCAAGGCAUGCUGGGGCUUCUGGGGGGCCCUGGACGCUUGUUCCCACACUGUGGGCCCCUGGUGCUGGCCCCCAGCCUGGUUGUGGCAGGGCUGUCUGCCCACAGGGAGGUGGCCCAAUUCUGCUCUGCUCACUGGGGUCUGGCUUUGCUGCUUAUCUUGCUCAUGGUUGUCUGUUCUCAGCACCUGGGCUCCUUCCAGGUACCCCCAUGUCCGUGGAGGUCAACUUCAACCUCUUCAACUCAUACUCACGUCCCUGCCUUCCGAUUCCUCUCGGUGCUGAUCCCUGUGGCCUGUGUGUGGGUCAUUUCUGGCUUCCUGGAUCUCAGCAUGAUCCCCCUGCAACUGUCUGUCCCCACCCAGGCACCAUGGUUUUGGCUGCCUCACCCAGGAGAGUGGGACUGGCCCUUGUUGACACCCAAGGCUCUGACUGCAGGCAUCUCCAUGGCCCUGGCAGCCUCCACCAGCUCCCUGGGCUGCUAUGCCCUGUGUGGCCAGCUGCUGCACUUGCCUCCUCCACCUCCACAUGCCUGCAGUCGUGGGCUGAGCCUGGAGGGGCUGGGCAGUGUGCUGGCUGGGCUGCUGGGGAGCCCCAUGGGUACAGCAUCCAGCUUCCCUAAUGUGGGCACAAUGAGUCUUUUCCAGGUUGGAUCUCGGCGAGUGGCCCACUUAGUGGGGCUGUUCUGCGUGGGACUUGGGCUCUCCCCCAGGCUGACUGAGUUCCUCACCACCAUCCCGCUGCCUGUGCUUGGUGGGGUACUGGGGGUGACCCAGGCUGUGGUUCUAUCUGCUGGAUUCUCCAGUUUCCACCUGGCUGACAUUGACUCUGGACGGAAUGUCUUCAUCGUGGGAUUUUCCAUCUUCAUGGCCCUGCUGCUGCCAAGAUGGCUUCGGGAAGCCCCAGUCCCACUCAACACAGGCUGGAGUCCCUUGGAUGUGUUACUGCGCUCCCUGCUGGCAGAGCCCAUCUUUCUGGCGGGACUCUUGGGCUUCCUUCUAGAGAACACUAUUUCUGGUACGUGGCUUGAGCGGGGCCUCGGUCAAGGGCCACUAUCUUCCUUCACUGCCCAAGAAGCUCAACUGCCUCAGAAGUCCAGGGAGAAGGCUGCUCAAGAGUAUGAGCUUCCUUUUCCCAUUCAAAACUCGUGUUCCUGUAUUCCCCAACCCCUCCAUUGCCUCUGCCCAAUGCCUGAAGACGUUGGGGAUGAGGAAGGAGAGCCCUGUGAGCCAGGAGAGACUGCAGACUUGUUGCCUGGCUGUGGGGAGUCAUGCCCUGCACCUAGCAGAGAAGGGCUUAUGUCCAAGUAAUUGCCAAGACUUUUAUUUCUGCCUUUAUUAGUUUAGUCCUAACUCCCAGCUUGCUGGAGAAUCAGUUCCCAGGCUCAUAGGGAGUGUGUGUGUGUGUGUGUGUGUGUCUAUGUAUCAUGGGCCCACCUAAAGGUCUCAUUUCCCAGUAGGAUGGGUUGCCUUUUCUUCUCUUAAUUAGGCCUAUGAUAAAGUAGAGGACCAUGGUUUAGUGGGUCAUGAUGUAUGAAUGAGAUUUAUCCUGUGAACCAUCAGUGCCACCUGAACCUUAGCAUUCACUUAACAAAUAUGAAGUGCCUCUCAUGUGCAAGUGUCUGGAACUAAAAUAUGGAUAUGAUGGGGUCCCUGUCCUCUCCUACUAUUUGUUUAAAAAGAUAUAUGUAAUUUCUAACUAAAAUGCAAAGCAGAAGGAAGUAUGUAAUAAAGAUAA